ACUGGAGGAGGUACGUUGCCAUGUACGUGGCCUGUGCUGAAGGAUCUGGUUUCACACACCGGUCAGCUGUGCAUCCAAACACUGUUGUGUGUCUCUGCAGUUUCUUUUGUCUGCUGCUGUUUUUGUUCUGAAAGAAAAGAGAAUGGAUCUUAAUAACCGGAAAUCAGGCAUUAGAUGAUAGAGGCUUGAAGGGAUGCCUAUGUCAUGGGCACAGAGUGCGAGGAGAACAAGCAGACUAGCGGAGAUGAUGAUGCAUCUCAACAGGACGCUGCCAGUAUUGCAGAUGUGGCCGUGGAGGUGGCCACGGUUGACCACACUCUCCAGAAGCUUUGCAGGAAGUACAGGAAGACUAGACGGAAGCCCAAAGGACUCCAGAGGCUGUGGGCCCAUUUGUUGAACGUCCCGCACGUCGCGGUCAUCAUCACAGCAGUGGUGUCUGUGGUGUUGGUGAUCACGUGGUCGCUGCUGUGGGUCUUCAUAUUUCGCAGGGAAAGCAACAGUGGAGUGUAUUUUGCCGGGAUGUUCCGUGUUGCUAAUGUGGAGUUUAUCCCCGAGUACCGCCAGGCAGAGUCCCAUGAGUUUGUAUCCAUGGCAAGAAAAAUACAAAAUGUGGUGAGCAACGUGUACAAGAUGUCCUCAGUGGCCAGACUCUACAAGGAAGCUGUCAUUUCAGACCUCAGUAACAACAACAAGGGCGGUGUGCUGGUUCAUUUCUGGAUGGUGUUUGUGGUCCCUCAUCUAAAGAGCCCGGCAGUGUGUGAGGAGUGUGUAGGAGCCAUUUUUAGAGAUUCAGUGUACACCAGCCUGACUAACAGGUCUUCUGUGGGCUACCUGCUGGGUCUCCCUGUUGAUAUAGACUCCAUCCUCAUCAAUGCUGUUCAGCGAUCAGAUUUUUCAUCAAAUGGAGCAGACUCUCAGUGUGUGGAUAAGCUGUAUGCCAACCUUCCCGGGGCCAGUGUCCCUUUAAACGUCUUUUCAUCAUGGGGUGGUGUGAAUUGCUAUGUAAAGCUCACCGCUGUCCCCGGCUCCCUGAUCCGUCUGAGCGUCACCUCGUUCCUCAUUGAGCCCAGCGACUGUGUGAGCGAUGCCCUAACUGUGUACGAUGCUCUGCUGCCCAUGAGAGGGCGCAUUCUGCACAGGCUGUGUGAGCCAGUGUCCAGCUCCUUCUCCCUGGUGUCUACCUCCAAUGUCAUGUUGCUGUCCUUCAGGAUGACUAAUGGCAACAAGAGCUUCAGAGGACACUUUGAGGCCAUUGCUGAAGAAAUAUGUAUGUCUCAAAUGGAUAUCCAGUUGGAGCCUGAUGUCACUGGUCAGAUUUACAGUCCCUUCCACCCCAGCCUUCUGCCCCCACAGUGCUCCUGCACCUGGAGGUUUGAGACCCCUAAUAGUGUGUUGGGAGUUGCUCUGCAGUUUCAGAACUAUGUACUGAAACCAAAGGACCUGAAGGGCUGUGACCACGGCUGGUGGAAGGUCAAUGAAGUCAUAUUCUGUGGCAGCUACGUGGGACACCACACGGUGUUUCGGAUCGCUGACCACAGCCCAGAGGUGGUGUUUCGCUGCAGCUCACGUAACUCUGCUCAGCCUUUCCAGGCGUCUUACAACAGCUACAAUAUCAGCCAACCCUGCCCAGAGAGCCACUUCCUGUGCUCCACGGGGCUGUGUGUGGAGAAGAGUCGGCGCUGUGAUGGCCUAGACGACUGCCAGGACGAGAGCGACGAGGUCUUCUGCUCAAGGCCCACAAAGAACUGUGGUGGCAACAGUCCCCUGCAUCCUUCGUUUGUAUGCAACGGAGAGACAGACUGCACCAAUGGAAUAGAUGAGAUCAACUGCACUCAGGAAACAACCUGCUCUGCAGUCCGGUAUCAAUGCAAAAGUGGCUCCUGCAUCCUGAAAAAGAACGCAAAGUGUGAUGGUGUUUAUGACUGUCAGGACCACAGUGAUGAGGUGGACUGUGCCUGUGGUCGUCCCUCCUUGGUAAAAAAGGUGGGCUCAUCUACAGGACCUGAGCGUAUUGUGGGUGGAGCUAACUCUGGGGAGGGGGAGUGGCCAUGGCAGGUCAGCCUCCUCUUCUCCGGUAACCUGUACUGUGGUGCGUCCGUCAUCUCUUCUGAUUGGCUCAUCUCUGCAGCGCACUGCUUCAAUAAGGAAAGGCUGUCUGACCCACGUUACUGGAGCGCCCACCUCGGCAUGCUGACACAGGGCAGUGCCAAGCACGUGGCGGAGAUCCAGCGAAUCGUGGUGCACGAGUAUUAUAACGCGUACAUGUUCGACUAUGACAUCGCCCUGCUGCAGCUGAAGAAGCCCUGGCCUCCCUCCCUUAUCCCGCUGAUCCAGCCCGUUUGCCUGCCUCCCCCCUCCCACACUGUCACCGACAGCCACCGCUGCUGGGUCACCGGGUGGGGAUACCGCUCCGAGGAAGACAAAGUGCUGCCCUCGGUGCUGCAGAAAGCAGAGGUGUCCCUACUGAGCCAGACUGAGUGCACGAAGAGCUACGGACCUGUCUCACCACGCAUGCUGUGUGCCGGCAUCCCCUCUGGGCAGCGAGAUGCCUGCAGGGGCGAUUCAGGGGGUCCCCUGUCCUGUCAGGCUCCAGACGGGGGUCGCUGGUUCCUGAUCGGCAUUGUCAGCUGGGGGGCAGGCUGUGGCAGACCAAAUCUGCCUGGGGUCUACACCAGGGUCAACAAGUUCACCUCCUGGAUCUACAGCCAUAUCAGCCGUCACUCCCGCAUGUUCGGCGAGGAAAGUAAACGGGAGGCGGUGAAUGCCAGCCGCAUCCGAGCCUCUCAGAAUGCUGGUAUGAUAUUUGAGUCAUGUCCUUGUCUCUGGAAGGGAGAGGGGGAGCUGAAGGAGCCCAACCAGUCACUGAGCCCCCCCACGAAGCCUGAGGAUCGGGCAGAGCAGAGGGUGGAGGGGGGGCGAGCUCUAGCCUGUGGCUCCUGGAGGAGAUGGCUGUCAGGUCUCCUGCCUUUCUUUCCCUUCACUGCCGCCAUUGCACUGACUCUCCACUACUUAGCAUCUCCCCCCUCCUCAGUGUUCUUCCUCGGUGGCAGCGUGGAGUUCCCAAACUUGAGCUUCUCCUCAGAGCUGACUGACUCCACCUCCCCUCAGUUCCGCCUGCAGGCUCAGGCUUUGAACCAUUAUUUCUCAGAUCUGUACGAGUCCUCACCGUGGAGCUCUUACUACCUGCACUCAGGAAUUACUGCCUUCAGUGAAGGAGCGGAAGGGCUCACCGUCUUCUACUGGAGUAAAUUCUCCGCCCCGGACGACGUUGCAACGGCGAUCCGGAGUUCUAGCCUGGAGAGGCUGCAGCGCAGGCUUCCUGGCAGUAACAAGGUUCUGCGGGACAGCCGCAACGAGCAGCGCUAUUACAUGGAGCAGGAUGACAACAUGCUCCACCUGCUGGGUUUGGACCCUGACGACUUUGAAUCGGAUGACAAAUCAGACAAGAGUAAGAAUCCAAACAGCCUCCAGAGUGGGAAGUGGCAGCUUGGCUUCCAAGCAAUGUCCUUUGACCUCUAUGCCAAAUAUGGCAACAACCGCACCCUGAGCCUCGUGAGUCCCAAGAAGCCGUACUACCAGUGGCGUCUUCGUGUGCCAUCGGGUCAUGUGGUUCGACUAGUCAUCCUCACCCUGCAUGGUGCCACGCCAGGAAGCUGCACCGCCCACAAGCUCUCAGCCUACGACUUUUUACUUCCAUUACAGAACAAGAUCAUUGCCAGGUGGUGUGGGCUGCCUGUUUCGGGUUCAUCCCCUGUCAUGAAGCUGACAUCCUCUGGAAAUGUGAUGUUGGUCACCUUCUCUUUCAGCAGACAGAGGGAUGGAGCAAUCUUCAAAGCGUACUUUCAAGCCAUCCCAAAAGCAGGUUGUGGAGGGUCAAUUUCCUCCUGGAACGGCUCAAUUUCCUCCCCCUACUACCCUUCCUAUUACCCUCCUAAUAUAGACUGCACCUGGACACUACGGGCGCCGUUGCCAGGUUACCUGAUCUCCACGACGAUCGUGACGAUGGACAUUCAGGAAUCCCCGUCAUCGGACAGCUGUGAGAAAGACUGGCUGGACAUCGGAGGGGUCAAACUAUGUAAUCCAGUGUCAGACAGCAGCAAAAAGCGAGUAUAUUCCUCUCCUCUCACCCUCCACUUCCAGUCGGAUGAAUCUCUCACUCACAAGGGCUUCUACUUGCUCUACCGAGCCUUCUCUCCAGAGGGCACCUGUCCUCGCCAGUUUCGCUGUGGAGAUGGACGCUGUAUCCCUCUGAGGAAGGUGUGUGAUGGCGUGAAAGACUGCCUAGAUGGACGGGACGAGGUUAGAUGCUCAUCCUGCAGGCCAGGUGAAGUGCUGUGUGGGAACGGCCAGUGUAGGUCUCAAAGCAGCCAGUGUGUGAGUCAAAGCAACUGUGCAGACAGCAGUGAAGAGGGCAUCUGUGGAGGUAAAUGUUACCACGUGUGUCCCAACAAGGUCUGUUUGCCAAAGUCUUCAGUGUGUGAUGGUGUUAUUGACUGCAAAGACCGCAGUGAUGAACUCAACUGUACCAGAGCAUACCUCAAAGGCUGCUCCUCAUCUUCAUACAAAUGUGCCAAUGGAAAGUGUGUAAGUAAGGUUAACCCUGAGUGUGACGGCGUCAAAGACUGCUUCGACAGCUCUGAUGAAUUGCGCUGUGGCUGUGGCACCAGGCCCAGGAAGCGUACUAAGAUAGUGGGUGGCUCUGAUGCUGGGGCGGGGUCAUGGCCAUGGCAGGUCAGCCUCCAGAUGGAUCGCUACGGUCACGUCUGCGGAGCCACACUGGUCUCCAGCCGCUGGCUCAUCUCUGCAGCUCACUGCUUCCAGGACUCAGACGCCAUUAAAUACUCGGAUGCUCGUGCAUGGCGGGCCCACAUGGGAAUGCAUGUGAUGACUACGGGGAACAACGGAGCAGCCACUAGACCGAUUCGCCGGAUCCUCCUCCACCCGCAGUAUGACCAGUUCACCUCUGACUAUGACAUCGCCCUUCUUGAGCUCAGUGCUCCUGUCUUCUUCAACGACGUGGUCCAGCCUGUGUGCAUCCCGGCGCCCUCACACACCUUCACAACAGGCACAAGCUGCUAUGUCACGGGCUGGGGGGUCCUCAUGGAGGACGGUGAACUGGCCUCUCGCUUACAAGAGGCCUCAGUGAAGAUCAUCAACAGGAACACUUGUAACAAGCUGUAUGACGACGCUGUCACUCCCAGGAUGCUGUGCGCUGGGAACCUGCAGGGAGGGGUGGAUGCCUGCCAGGGUGACUCCGGAGGUCCGUUGGUGUGUCUAGAGCGAGGCAGACGGUGGUUCCUGGCGGGGAUUGUGAGCUGGGGCGAGGGCUGUGCAAGGCUGAACCGCCCCGGUGUCUACACACAGGUGGUCAAGUUCACUGACUGGAUCCAUCAGCAGACUAAAGGACAGGUGUGAUUGAACACCAGACUGGCAUGAACAAAAUGACACACAGGAUGAAGGUUUCAACCUGGAGUCCAUCUUCAGACUUGUCAUGAUUGCAUGACAACACAUUCAGUCAGUUUUUGGGAGCGUGCCCAUGGCAACGGACAUAUCACCCCUGCUUCAAACGAAUCAUCUUCCUUACAAUCUCCAAAUCCAAAUCCAAACAAAUCACAAAAAUGUCAGCACUUAACCUGCUUACAAAAAUUUACUUGCUUUUGGGUUGCUACACUUAAUGUUAGAUUUUGGGUGGAAUACCUUUUACAGAUUACAAGAUACCAAUUUAUGAUACAAGACUACGGAAUACUGUAACAUAAAAACACUAUUAGCUUUUAGUUGUGGCUGUCUGCACACAUGCAGACUGAAUGGUGGAUCAGUAUUUACUGAUAUCAGUAAAAAAAAUGUCAGUAAACAAAUAGCCUAUUGGAAUCAAAAUUGUCUUCCUCCGUAUUAGAGAAAACAUACCUAGCACUCAUUUUAUUUGUUUGUAUUUUUCUGAGACAAAUUGGGAUUAAUCAGAAAAUAAUAAUCAGAAAAUUGGGUUGACAAUCUGGUUAUUACAAAUACCAAUUGCUGCGCAAACAUGGCAAGAUUUAUAUUAUUUUUGAAAGACUCCUUUUCAAGAUCUGGGGCUUAUUUCCAUUUUCUCCAUAUUUUUCCUCUGUCAUCUAAAGCGUGUUGCCCUUGCAGACAAAAGGACAAAACUUUGGUGAACUGCACAUCCUUUAAUUGCAUUAACAUAAAUCCAAAUGAAUAUCUGUUUAAACUGCUAAAAAUCUCUAAAAGACUUCUGACUGUUGCUCCUCGAUAAGAUGGACAGGUCACUACUUUACCCUGUAGAUAUCAGGCUUCAGAACAGAUUUGAGGUUGGCCAACAUACAACCACUAGCCAGGUUAUCCUGUGCAUGUAAAUGCAGCCAAUUACUUCCUGUUUUCCUAACGGCUCCCCCUGUUUCCUGUCACAGCUGUGUUGUUCAUUACAGAGAUAGUGACCAUGUCAGGUGUUGCCAACAGAAAACCCAUCAGUCCUUUUAUUGAAUGUGGAAAGAGUUCUCUCCCCCGCAAGUAUGUAAUUGUGUCCCAUCUACAUUCAUCCAUGUACUGUAUAUGUGUGUUCAUGACUCAUUGUAUGUGUUUAAGAGUUGCUAUUGUACUGUAUGUGUAUGUAUGUGCAUUUGUAUAUCAUGAGUUUAUCUGGGUCAUAGCCUUUUGUCCAAUAUAUUCUGUAAUUGUAGCGAAGUGAAUAAUCCCUCAGUAGGAGCCGAUAAUAUAUUUUGCAUUUCAGUUUUAUCAUGAUUUAAUUUAUCUUUAUGGUGCCUGCUUUGUACUUCAUGAAAAACAUGACCACAUACUCCCCGUUAAAACCGUGAUACAGUUGAUGCUGGUGUAAGGAGCAAAUAAGAUUACCAGGAGAGAACCAUACCAAUCUUUACUAUGCAGACAACACAUGCAACACCCCAUUUCCUUUUCCUCCCCUCUCAUUCAGCUCACAUCACCAUCCAGUGGCCAGUCUGCACCAUUGUGUAGCCUAUUUUAUGUCCUGAGGGAAUGUUUAGCAGCUACACUCAAAGGAUUAAAAAGCAUGCAGUUUGCAUCGUUGUUUAAUGAUAUAAGAUUAUAUGCCUUUAUAUUAAAGACACCAUUUUCAAUGCAGCAGGUCAGGCAUGUGUUUCUCAACAAACAGUUGUACUAUGA